GCCAAAAAAGCAAAAAGGAAGCAAAUCAGAAAGCAGGUGGGAAGUAUUUAUGUUGCAAUAACAAUAGUGCAUUGAAACCAUCUCCCUCCUCUAGUCGCGUCCAUCUCCUGUCUCCCUCGCUCCUUCUUGGGAGUUGGGACCAUAAGCAGCGCCUUCUUCCUCCCAACGACCAUUGUAGUGAAUGUACCAUUCAACCAUUACUCCCCCAACCACUGAUCUGGGAAAGCUGAUAGAAAAGGAAGGGGGAAGAAAACAGCGAACACCAUCGAGAAUUUGGGUUGGCUCCCGGUGGUAAACGAGGCUCUUCGCUUUCAGGUGAGGGGGAAUGCCACUCUAGCUGGAGGAUGGGCGGCUGCUUCAGCAGUAGUACCAAAACGCAGGAGGCGAAGGCGGCGGCACGCACCACCACCCCUCGCUACCCCGCGGGGGCGAGCUUACCACCUCUGCCAGAUGCCGAUGUCGAGGAGACGGUGAAAGAGGUCCUCUCCGAGACUCCCAGACCGCCGAGGCAAACCCCAUUGCCAAUUAGGGCAGAUCAGGUGGCCACUCCGAAGGAGGUGGAGAUCAACGACGAGGCUGUUCCUCUCGCAGACCGCAGCAGCAACGGCUGCGACACCAGAUGCGAGGACGCCUCCGAGGUCUGCAGCAUCAGCGCGAAGAGCGAGACUCUAUCGGGCCCCACCACUCCGGCUGAGAAGCGACGAGCAGCUGCGACGGAGACCGGAAGGAGGGCGGCGAGGGAUGACCGCUCGCCGGUCAAGUACCAGAAAAAGCGCUCCGUUUCCGGCGAGUUCGCCUGCAGACGGGACCGGAGCGUGGCUGUUGGCUGCGGCAGCGGGAGAUCCUCCCCGUCGCCGGCAAGGCGGAGGUCCGAACACGCGGCCAUCGGUAGGACGAACUCCGCCAGAGAGGCCAGCGCUCGGGCCACGCGAGAUCCAGGCGAGAGAUCCAACAGGCGCUCGGUGUCCCCGGCGGCGGAACGAGCGGCGGAGUUGCGGCAGAGAGGGGGACAAUGCAGGGCGCCGGAGGCAGCGACGGCUAGGGUAAAAGGGUCGAUGAAGCAGAUCUCGGCGGACGAGGGAGAAAGGAGAUUCUGCGGGCAGCGUGAGGGCACGGUAGAUGGCGGCGUGGUGGUGUCCGAAGGAGAGCAGCCGGAGUCGCUGGAGAACCCCCUCGUCUCCCUGGAGUGCUUCAUCUUCCUCUAAUCCAGAGAAGAAUUAAAAGACAUAGGAAGCUUCUCUUCUUCAUCACAUCCGCAGAUCAUCAUCAUCAUCAUCAUCAUCAUCGUGCUCGAAGGUAUCACCAAGUCUAACUGGAACUGUUUGUCUUUUCUUUCUCCAUGAGACAAGCUCAGCUUUCUCCUUGUCAUUUAAAAGCUCUUUAACUGAAACAAUGUUUAUUUCGUUAAGAAUUACAUACGCAUAUUAAGUACAAGUGUUGAUGUGGUACAACUGAAUAAAGUUAUGUACUGCAAAGGCAUUGAAGUUUGAAGUCGCGUGCAUAUAUAAAUCGCAUUCAUGCACCGACUGGCGCCAAUACAUGGCUGUGUCCUUCAAACAAAGUCCUGU